ACUUAUCACUGGCUAAAGUACGUGUAAUAGAUUUUUGGUUAAGAGUUUGUUUUAUGACGGACAUAAUUAUCCACAUCAUUAUUCUACUUUAAAUUGUUGUUGUGUUUGUUUUGAGUAGACCUAGAUAAAAACAGUUAAUACUGAAACGUCGAUCACCAUGGAUCAAAAGCUUAAUUCUCCUAAAAGAUAAGUUUUUCAUCAUAUAUAUAAAUAUUGUACUUUUUGCCUUCCUAACAUUUUAAAAAAAUGAUUUAUCUACAUUUCAUCUUUCUGGUAUUCCUAUUUACAACUGCUUUGGGCAGUACAAAGGAAGACCAUUCACAUUUCAAGACAUCUUCCAACCAAAGGAAAGUAUCACCGACAGAGUUUGUAGAAGGUUUUACGACAAUAUCCCAUAUCACGGAUUACUACAGCAGUCUGAAUAUUUCUGAGGUAUCUACAACUAACAACCCAGAUGAUUAUCUUGUUAUGUAUUACAAUAUUUCUGUGGAAAUAAUGAUACCGGGUCUUUUCAGAUGGUCUGUUUCAGCUGAAAAAUCUGACGUUCGUAGUCCGUACUCUGACGAACGUAAAGAAAUUAGAAGAAAUAUGGAAACCACAAAUGAAGAAGCCGGUGUUGAUUUUUCAAUUACCACAAUAGACUCUAUUUGGAGUAAAGUAGAUUUUAGUAAUAUGGACACACGAUCAAGAAUAGAAUAUAAUCUAACUAUAGUAAUCAAUACUAAUGUUACGUGGAAUUCAGAGUUUCUUAAUUCUAUUGAAAGGUCAUUACCAACGAUAAAUGAUAACAAAUAUUUAGGGUCGAGUGAUUAUCCAGCAUUUGUGCCUCUAGUCAAUACCACUGGUCAUGACAAUGCUAUUUGCCAGAAUCAAAUUUGUUCUUCGAGCACUGAGACUCAAGAGUUGGUAGACUCAUAUAAUAUGUUUGACAAAGUUUCUCUUUAUAAUCAGAAAAUAAUUUCAUCAACUGUGGGGAGUACCACCUAUUCGAACGAUGUCAAUACCACGUUUUCCAUGCUGUCAAAAAUUCAUUUACAGUAUGUUGUUGUUAUAGGUGAGGAAAGAUGUGUGUGAGUUCGAAACCGCACAGUGUUUUGUGGUUAAUUUAAAUAAAAAAAAAAAAUAUUUAUUUCACAUUUUUUAUUUUCUAACAUUUACCUACAAAUAUUUAUUCAAAUGAGUUUUCUUUUUUCAAUAAAUUAAAUAUGAUAUAUAUACUUAUAGUAGGUAUUAUUACUAAAUCAUUCAAACUGUUACAUUGUAACUGAAAUAAAUUUCAUUGUUUCCUAUAGUGUUAUUUAUGCUCAUCUUAUUUAUCAUCCAGACAUAUUUAUAAAGGAGUGAAAAUGCCAAUAUUUUGACUAGACAACAUGUAGGCAUAUUACCUUUAUCACAAACAUCUACGGUCAAGUCAGGUUUAAUAUUGGGAGAAAGAUUCUGUAUGUCAUUCAUAUUGGAUGGAAAACUAGUUUUGCACAGACCAAACUAGUUGAUCCUGAUAUAAAAUCACACACUCUAGAAUAAACUAGUACGGCCUAGUCAUUAAUCAUUUUUAUUAGAACAAUACAGAUUCGUCCUUAAAAGAUAUGGAUAAUUGGAUAAUCAUAUUAUAGCAAACCAUAAUCAUAUAUCAAUUUUUAAAAUUGUUAUUUAUUUUUACAUGGUGUCCUUUGGUGGUUCUUAGAAUUGCAGAGU